AUGGCAACGGACCCCACAAAGAACCGAGACCAGACAGCCUUGACUCUGGUGGAACAGAUCCUGGCAGAGUUCCAGCUGCAGGAGGAGGACCUGAAGAAGGUGAUGAGGCGGAUGCAGAAGGAGAUGGACCGUGGCCUGAGGCUGGAGACUCACGAGGAGGCCAGUGUGAAGAUGCUGCCCACCUACGUGCGUUCCACCCCUGAAGGCUCAGAAGUCGGAGACUUCCUCUCCCUGGAUCUGGGCGGCACCAACUUCAGGGUGAUGCUGGUGAAGGUGGGGGAGGGGGAGGCAGGGCAGUGGAGUGUGAAGACCAAACACCAAAUGUACUCCAUCCCUGAGGACGCCAUGACAGGGACUGCGGAGAUGCUCUUCGACUAUAUCUCUGAAUGCAUCUCCGACUUCCUGGAUAAGCAUCAGAUGAAGCACAAGAAACUACCCCUGGGCUUCACCUUUUCCUUUCCUGUGAGGCAUGAGGACAUCGAUAAGGGCAUCCUCCUCAACUGGACCAAGGGCUUCAAGGCCUCUGGAGCAGAAGGGAACAAUAUUGUGGGGCUUCUGAGAGAUGCCAUCAAACGGAGAGGGGACUUUGAGAUGGACGUAGUGGCAAUGGUGAAUGACACUGUGGCCACGAUGAUCUCCUGCUACUAUGAGGACCGCCAGUGUGAGGUCGGCAUGAUUGUGGGCACCGGCUGCAAUGCAUGCUACAUGGAAGAGAUGCAGAACGUGGAGCUGGUAGAAGGGGACGAGGGACGUAUGUGUGUCAACACUGAAUGGGGUGCCUUCGGGGACUCGGGUGAGCUGGAUGAGUUCCUGCUGGAGUAUGACCGCAUGGUGGACGAGAGCUCCGUGAACCCCGGUCAGCAGCUGUACGAAAAGCUCAUUGGCGGGAAGUACAUGGGCGAGCUGGUACGGCUCGUGCUGCUCAAGCUGGUGGACGAGAACCUGCUGUUCCACGGGGAGGCCUCGGAGCAGCUGCGCACACGCGGCGCCUUCGAGACGCGCUUCGUGUCUCAGGUGGAGAGCGACUCAGGUGACCGCAAGCAGAUCUACAACAUCCUUAGCACAUUGGGGCUGCGGCCCUCGGCCACCGACUGCGACAUCGUGCGUCGCGCCUGCGAGAGCGUGUCCACGCGCGCCGCGCACAUGUGCUCGGCCGGGCUGGCGGGCGUCAUCAACCGCAUGCGCCAGAGCCGCAGCGAGGACGUGAUGCGCAUCACCGUGGGAGUGGACGGCUCCGUCUACAAGCUGCACCCUAGCUUCAAGGAGCGGUUUCACGCCAGCGUGCGCAGACUGACGCCCAGCUGCGAGAUCUCCUUCAUCGAGUCAGAGGAGGGCAGUGGCCGGGGUGCGGCGCUGGUCUCUGCGGUGGCCUGCAAGAAGGCCUGUAUGCUGGGACAGUGAGCGUCAGGCCACAAGGACAGA